GAGUUACUACCGAGCUUACUUGUCAGCCAGCGCCUGUACUCUAGGAGAAAUGGAAAAGUCGUGUCCGGAUAGGCAUGGAACAAUACCACACCCAUUGAACGACUUUCAUAAGGCAUAAGGAGCAGGCAGAAACUUGGCCACUGUAUAUUUCACGGUCUUUACGAUUGAUAUAUCUUGACGCCUGCAUCAACACCCUUGAAGUAGUUCGCUUCUUAAAUAUCUCAACAAGUCGCUACUUGACCUUGUCAAAUUAAGAUUCGCCCAAGAGACUUUGCGCAUGGAGCGGUUAUAGUUAUUGUGAUACCGGAAUCCCUCUUCUUUUCAGCAAUCCUGAACCUUCUCUGUUUUUACAACAGACAACGGGUACAACUGAUCCACAACAUUAGUGGGUCUGAAAAUCGCUCAAAUCCGGCCGCUCAUAUGUAGAGUACGUUUUGGUACUUCUAUGAGAGACGACAGCUACUUGCAGUUAUGUAUUUGACUUCAGAUCACAUUUUGGCGAUGAUGGCAAAAUCCCAAGACCUGCAAGUCGGUCAAGUGCGGUGUCACCACAUGCUUCUAUGCCGGGCGGUCAUCAUUUUGCCCCUUACCCCUUACCCUUUCGACAGGCCCUUUGAUCAAUAUGUAGUCGUGCUAAUCUAGUGAGUCUUGGAAGGCGCGAGGUUUUCGGAUCUCACGAUACUUGCACAAAUGUUCAUCUUCAGUCUGAAGGACCCUUCCCCACAAAUGGGAUGGGGCGACAGUUAGACUUUAGACCUCGAUUAGGAUUAGUUGAUUGUCAAACAUCCUUGAGGACUGCCGAUAACCCACUAAAGGAUGCACGUACCAUGGCGGGGUAUCGACGACACCCCACCACCAACUGUAGUGAGUGAAAGGGAACGUCAAAUGGAAACAUGGAGCUUGGAAUUCAAGACCUUUGGGUGACACGUACCAACGACGAGAUGGAGCUGGAUCUUGGAGGAGAACCUUGGACCCUUCGCUAUAUGUCAUCCAAUAGAUUGAUCGCCGCACAACUCGACGCUUCGAGCACCACGCGCCUCUUCUUAUGACUUGUCAGCUUUCAUUCCGGAGCAAUCAUUGAAGCUCGUGGGCAUCCGUCUUCUCUAGGCAAUCUUUCAGUUCUUUGAACAAAGCCUACAGUCCAGCACAAUUCGAGUUCACGUCCAGUCAUAAUCUUCAAUGUUCAAUGUCUAGGCUUAGCAUCACGAUCAAGUACUUAUGUUAGAAUUAUCAAGGUCUCAAUCUAUCAACUUCUCAGCCUGAUAAUUUACAGUGGCUUUUACAUUAUCCAAUUAUCCAAUAUUUGUACGACACUUUCAUCCGUACUCGGUUUGAAAGCCUCUAGAAAGUUAUCAAGAAGCGGUCAACCGGAAUAGUCUGGCCUAGAAACCUCCAUCUACGCCGCGAAUGUUGCAAGCAAAACUCUCUACAUCCAACAAAGGAAAGGAUAACGCGUGUCUAAGUCCUUUCGUGAGGCAUUUAAGCCGACCGUAUUUUCUAGUCAAUGUUGCUAGCCAUACCUUCCCGUAUUAUCUAAUCCAUCACCAUUGGUGAUCUCUAAUUAACACGCCUCAGGCUGAUGGUAAGCUGUUAAGCCUAGAACUCCACCUUUUCUGGUGUGCGAGAGAGAGAUGCAUAAAGUUUAUGCAAUUCUUUGCGCAUAAGCCGCGUGCCAAAUCAUGUCUGAGUGGCUCGGUAUGACCGAACUAUUGAUCAUCUGAUCUUGUGGUCAACAAUACAUGUAGGGAAAUUUUGGUUGAUUGGCUUUUCA